UCCUCAUUCAUACUAUUCUCUCUUCUUUUGCUCUCUUCUCUCUAAACUCUUGCUUCUCUCUGCCUCUUAUCUUCUAUAUACUUGUUAUGCUCACACUUAUUCUUAAUAAAAUGUUAAUUGUAAACAUUGUUUUUUUUAAAACGUAACACAUUAUUAACAUAUUUGUAUGCUGCCCUUCCUAGUUCCCAGAUAUUUAUUAAAAAAUGGAAGAAAGGAAAAACAAUGAAGGGUGUGCGUUUUGGAUCGGUAAUUUUGGAUGCAGGGGUGAAUAUUAUCUAGCUUUUAUUUCUCGUCGAUCUGGACGCAGGUGUUGAGGAUGAGAGGCACCGAGGGAGAAUAAAGGGGGCUUUAGACAGACACAAAGCUUUGAACAAAACCCAGGAAGAGAAAGCUUCGAUCUGGUACUUGCAUGUUUCCGUCUGGCACAAAACCCAGGAACAAAACCCCUUUGAACAAAACUUCAACCUUGGGGCGACAAAGCUUCAACCUUUGGUUGUUUUCUAGAUUUUUCAUCAAUUGGUGAAGGGAAAAAUGUUGCUGGAAUUCUGUCAUCACCCACACCAACCCUGUCGGAGUCAAUUGGUGAGGAUGAAGCGGAACUUACAUCUUUGUGGAAGCCCUCUUGACCGCUGCGAUGAUACUCCCAACAAUGAGAACUCAGGCCGAAAUGAGUCAUCAGUAAUGAUAAUUUAUGCUAUUUCAACAUCAGCUGCAAUUGCACUCUUGGUGCUUUCACUCAGAAUCUUCUGCAGAAACAAGCAAGAAUUCUUUAGGAAAAACAGUGAAGUGACUUAUGUUUACUCUUCAUCACAAAGGCGGCCACUUUUUAAACUACAUGCAUGCUCCUGGAAAGAGAGAUUUCAGGUGGGAAGACAUCAUGGAUGCCACAAACAAACUAAGUGAUGACUUCAUGAUUGGUUCAAGGAAAAUCUACAAAGCUGAAUUGGUUACUGAAGAUACAGUUGCUGUCAAGAAGAUUUCAUCAAAAGAUGAUUUCCUUUUCGAUAAAAGCUUCAUGAGAGAGGUAUCUGGUGAAGCUAAUAGGAUAUUGUAGCAGUAAAGGCAAAGGAGCAGGUUGGAAUCUGCUGAUAUAUGAGUACAUGAAGAAUGGGAGUGUGUGGGAUUGGCUUCAGGGUAAACCAGCCAAGGAGAGUAAAGUAAAGAAGAGCCUUGAUUGUGAGACAAGGUUGAAAAUUGUUGUGGGACUGGCUCAAGGAGUGGAGUACCUCCAUCAUGAUUGUGUGCCAAAUAUCAUUCCCAGGGACAUCAAAUCUAGCAAUGUAUUGCUAGAUUCUAAAAUGGAGGCACACUUGGGAGAUUUUGGACUGGCAAAAGCUCUGAUUGAGAAUUAUGAUGACUCCAAUACUGAGUCAAAUUCUUGGUUUGCUGGGUCUUACGGCUACAUGGCUCCAGAGCAUGCAUUCUCCCUGCAGGCAACAGAAAAAAGUGAUGUUUACAGCAUGGGAGUCGUUCUUAUGGAACUUUUAGCGGUAGAAUGCCAACAAGUUUUGGACCAGACAUGAACAUAGUGAGAUGGGUGGAGAUGCAUAUUGGUAUGCAUGGCUCUUCCCGUGAGGAAUUGAUAGACUCUGUGCUGAAACCUCUUUUACCUGGCAAAAACCUUGCUACAUUCCAAGUACUUGAGAUAGCCCUACAAUGCACUAAAAUUACACCCCAGGAUAGGCCCAUCUUCAAGGAAAGUAUAUUCAACAGCAGAAUAGUCAAGUUCGAGAAGAAAAAUUUGGAUCGUUACAAGUGAAGUUAUAUCCAAAGGACUGAAAGACUUGGGGUCCAUGAUACUUCUUACUUCAUUUAUUGUUUUUCUUUUUCACAUUGUGUAGAUUUUGUGUGGAUAAGCACUGGUACAGAUGUUGUGGCAAGUACCUUCAAGAAUCAUUGUAAAUUCUUUUAUUUUAAGUCUUCUAAAUACGAGACAACAUGAAACGAUAUGUUUGGCUCACAAAACUACACAUGCCAAAAGUUAUAAAUAGAAAGUUGA